AUGAGCGAUCUCGCGGCAAACGCCUGUUUUGACGCAUUAUCGGUGCUGAACAAUGUGCAGCUCGUUGAGAAUGUGUGCAGCAUCUGCGGGGCUUCGCAUUACACCCAAAACUGUCCAGAGUAUGCCAAAGGAGAUCAUGUUAAGGAUAAGCCGGCGCUUAACCUUUCAAGGUCGUCGGUCCCGAACGGUCUACUGAUAAUGGACAGCCAUGCGGGCAGCUGUGUCGUCACGUCGCAAAAGUUCGCCAAGGGAACCCGGUUUGGUCCGCUGCUCGCCCAGAAGUCAUACGUCCCGAUCAAGAAUAUUCCAUUUCCGCUCGUGCUGUUCGCGGGCCCGUACUACCAGCAGGACGAGUACAGCAGUGACCUGCAGGCGCUGCUCAGCGGUACGCGCAACAUCUACCUAGACACACGGAACGAAUCCAAAUGCAACUGGAUGAUCCACGUUAACCUGGCACGGUAUUCCAACGAGCAGAAUCUUAUUUGUUAUCAGGAAAACGACGAAAUCUACUACACCGCAAUAAGGGACAUCGAAUUGGGCGACAUAUUACGGGUGUGGUACUCGCGCAACUACGCCGCCAAGAUCGGUGCCUCAAUGUUAGAGCCCAGCUCGUACGAUAUCUGCACAAACAUACUCCGGUCGGUCAGUAUGGAUUACGGUUUUGAUUUGGAAAAGCAACAGAGCAACAACUUCCUGGAUGAUAUUUACAUCCGUCCAUCCGUUACCAUGGGUAGUUGUGGGAGUACCGGUGGCGCACAUAGCAUCAACUCGCAAUGCAGUACAGCGAGCAGCACCAGCACUAUGGCUGCAAGUGGAAAUCCCUGCUCUUCCACCAUGGUACUCUCAUCUUCCUUCGACGAUCGAACGUUGCUGCAGCACGGUCUGGGUUGUACCAACGGUAGAGGAGAAACACUCGAAAUAGAUAACAAUAACAACAGCAGCAGUUUCUGCAUGGACACCGAACAUGGUACUAUAGCGAAGGGGAGUAGUGUAGGAUCUCCCGGUUCCACGCCGAUGACAUACGACACGGUUUCGUUACCACCGAUCGACAGUCUGAUGAAAACGACAUCUCCAAAAUACUCUACCUCCGCAUCGCAGCAGCAUAUCUUCGAUAUGGAUCUGCUGGAAUCGGGAGUCUCUACAAGCGUGCCUGAUUUGGUGGACGAUUAUUUCAGCUCUUCCUCGCUCAUUCCCGCUAGUCAGCUAGAAUAUGAGCAUAUGCAUAUGCAUAUGCAACAUCAGCAGCAGGGUAUGCUGACGGGGCAGCACCACGAAGGAGAAAUGAUCCCAUCGUUACAGACGGAGGCAACAAACGAGCUACGAUUGACACGGCACGUUUACUCCACGGAACAGAUCUCGCCCGCACAUACUGACACGCAUCAGCUGCACCAGCACCAGCACCAACAGCAGCAACACCAGCAGCUGGGUUCAAUGCCGACCGUUGCUGAAUUUCAGUGCCUUCCGCACGAUACGCUAAGUCCUGCCGACCUAAUUAACAUCUCUAUCGGUGCGAGCGAUGUAAACAUUUCGUUUGACACGGGAUUUGGUGAUGCGGCAGUAGUUGGUGGCUUACCCGAGGGUACCCAUAGCCUAUUGAGCUACGAAAGAGGUACGGAUGAUAUAGACGGUGCAUUCGGUGAUGGCGGUGGAUUCGAUCUACUGGCAACAACGCACGUUGUGAACGAAAAUGACGGUCCGGUCGAGAAAAUGCACAGCCGGUUUUCAUCCUCAUCUGAUUCGCUGAUCACACUAAAUGACACCGGUCUUGGGGCUUCUACCGCUACACCGACGCCGCCCGCAAUGGGCAUUGCAAGUAACGCUGGGCUCGAAGUGGAUGCAGAUAAAAAGUACAUCUGUGAGGUGUGUCUGCGCAAAUAUAUGACCAAAUCGAAUCUCGACAAGCACGUGCGCAAACACAAUCUGUAUCUGUGCGUGUUUUGCAUGAAGCUAUUCCAGCAGGCGGACGAGUUGAAGGAGCACGAGUGUAGCGAACGGAAAUCGAAAACGGCUUACCUGCACUGUCCCAAGUGUUUGAAGGUGUUGUCCAAUUCUUGGUCAUUGCAAAGGCACAUGAAAAUACACAAAGAUCUCACACAGGAUGAACACCCAGCCAUUGGAACAAGCAGUGGAGCUGUUGAACAAUUGGAAAAACUGACCGGAGAUGGAACAAACGGUUCAAAAAUUUCAAGUGCAUCUUUUGAGGACUUAUCCAAUCCUCUUCCCCCCAUUGAUGAUUUAAAACCAAGCAUCGAAUCACUAGACGGACCCGAAAACGUAUCCCUACGGCUUACUACUGCACACGGUGACGACAAACAUGAUAUCCUCGAUUCAGAAAUGGCUGUUGCACAUCGUGAAGUCAAUCCUCCAUUACUAACGGAAGCGGAGAUAAAAAAGGAGCCCAUCCACGGAAACACGGGCUCGACUCCCGCUUCACCACUAACCAACGCGGCAAACGUGCCCAGUCUGACAACCACAAUUAUGCCGAUCACGAACAUGAGCUCUAGCCAAGAUAUGAUCACGAACGUGCAAGCCCCCAACGGAAAGCAACUGUACAAAUGUAUUGUUUGUUCGAAGCUGUUCAAAAAUCCCAACGCUCUCGAAAAGCAUCUCCGCAAAGUGCACACAGUUUAUACCGUUUCGAACGAUUAUAAAUCGGAAAAGAAGGUACUGAGUCAGCUGAAUCAGAAGAAAACUUCACCUAUAAAACCGGCGAUUGCCAAGGCGCUCGCUACCAAGCUUUCGCAAAAGAGCAAAAAGCAAGAAGAAAUGGCUGCGGCAGCUGCAGCCGCAGCAGCAGCAGCAGCAGCUGCGGCAGCAACAGCGGUUUCUAAUACCUCUGAACAUACGGAUGGACAUGUUUUGUCGAGAAAUACUAGUGCACUGGCAAAGCAAACACAACACGCAUCAAUAGCCGUAUCUGCAUCUUCAUCAUCAUUGUCCACAGAGCAUGGAACCGCUGGUGGUGGGCAAAUGCGAAUGCACAGUAAAAAGAAGCAUUCGACCGGAUGUAUCACUGAUGGUGGACGAAACUCCCUAGACAAUGUGUACAGCAGUACUGUGCCUCUUGCAGGUGCUCAAAUAGUGGGUCUCAACAGUACGAUCACCGGUGUUAGGAUAACUGAUCCACUGAUACCUGCCAACACCAAUGAGGGACCACACAGUGAACUUACGGCGAUCCCCAAUGGAACAGCCACGUCCACGACCACCACGCCCGCAGCUGGCAAAUCCCAUAGCAUCAUCAUCAUUUCCAACGUGGAACUUACCAAAAACAAUCUAAUCGAUACUAGUCAGCUGUUUCUCAAUCAAAACAACACACACGGUACCGGAGCAGGUAGUAACGGUGGCAUUAACGCUUUAGGAAAUAAAAUCGACCUGAAAGUAUUAAACUCUACGGACAAACUACCGAAGCUGGUACCGAUCUCCAGCCAUCUUCCUCAGCAUAAUCAGCUGCUUCACCAUUCGCAUCAUCAUCAGCAGCAGAACGUUGUAGGCGGAACAACUACUUUGCAACUGGCCGGUGCCACUAUUAUGGUUCCUUCGGGUAUGAAUUCUACAGCGGCGUGUCUUAAAAACGAUGCAGGAAGCUUAGCUACCGAUGGUGGAAUUGUUUCCGAUGGUCAUCGGUAUAUUAAUGGUGGCAUCCUCACGACACCAUCCACCUCCACGAUGCUUACGCAAAGCACGGCACCUACACGCAUGCUGACACUCUCAAAUGUGUCGAUGGUAGCGUCGAGCGAUUCCGCGAACAACAGUGCUCUGGAAGACAUGAACGUUGAUGACAAACAUCAAAUCGAUAAAAUCAACACCUGUCUCAAUCAGGAAGACUUAUCCGACGGUCGUGAAUGUACCUUAACUCCCGACGACGAGUGCGGCAUCUCGCAAACAGCGCAAACAUUUCCUUGUGAAGAAUGUGACCGUGUAUUUACGAAGAACUAUCAAUUAAAGCGACAUAUGGAAAUUCAUGACAGUGUGUACUAUACCUGUCCAUACUGUGAUCGUGGCCCGUUAAAGGCAAAGGCAUCGCUACGAAAGCAUCUGUACAAUGUGCAUGCAGAUCGGGCACCACCGAAAGAGCAGAUCAACAAAUUCAUCACAACACUCGUGGUGACGGAUGAAAGCGUGCUUCGAGAAUUGGCCAUGAAGAAUGAACGUAAAAUUCGCAACAAAAGUGCCAAACAGCAGGCUAAACUGCUUCAACAACAGCAACUACAACAGCAGCAGCAGCAACAAUCGCCUCAGGUACAAGGAAUGACCACGAUUGACAUCUCAUCACCUAGCGACAACUACACGUGUCCAUCGCCUGGACCGGCCGGAACGGAUGGUGGUAUGAUCAUGUACGAAAACGAGCUUUCGGAAUCGGUGCUGAGUGACCAGGUCGAAGAUAUGUUAACGUUCAAAGCGAUCUUUCCCACGGAGGAAGGCAGCAUCGGUGACUCGUCCAUGGAUCAGAUCGAUCAGGUGGUGCUGGAAAGCUGCGAUCAAAGCAGUACAUGCAGCAGCAACACCACGGCAAAUGCGGUAAACAGUGUGCAGGUGAAUGUUCCGAACCACGAGGAAAAGAAACGUAAAGCUGGCACGGAUGGUCGGGAACUCCAACGGCAUCAGCAACAUAUGUCAGCAGAAAGAACUACUAUUACCAAUUCUACUGUCGCUGAUGGUAAGCGAAUGAAGAUAGCCGGCUUAACCCCGUGCACUAGCGGAACUGGUCGUAUUGAUCAAGUGAACAGCAUCGUUUCCAUUGGUAAUACGAUGGGUGAAUCGUAUGAAGUGGAUGCACUCCAGGAAACCAGUCAUAAUAGUAGUCCGAAUGGUCCGGUGAUCGUCGCUUCCUCCAAUGGCACCAGCAAUUCGCUACGCUAUUUACGCAAAAAUGGUUUAUCCGCCAUUCCAACGACGAUCGCAAAUGCUGCAACUGAUUUGGUCGGUCCGAGCGGAUCAUCGUCACACGGCAAUGGAAAUCAGCAGAGCCAACAUGGCCACCAGUAUCAACCUGCGCAGGGUAAUAGUGCAACUGCGCUGGACGGAAGUGGUCAACUCAACUUAGACAGCCUGUUCGGUAACAUAUCGAUCGACAACUAUGAGUUUGAUGAUAAUGCCACCAUUCAAUCGUUCAGCCUAAUCGAGGAAAAAUUUAAAACUUCGUUCGACCAAAUCCAGGAGAAACUAGAUGCAGAGCUACCGUUCGACGAGGAGCAGAUCAAAUGGCAAAACAACAUCAUGACAAAUGAUUCGUCUAACGAAAUCGGCGACAAGCUGCUGACCGGCGAAGGAAACAUAAUGCUAAUAUAGACUCUUUUUGAAUGCUUUCCAUUUUUACAGCAGUGUGUCUUGAAAUUGCUGCUAUCAGUAGCAAACCGUCAACGUCCCUUGUUAUUCGUCGUUAUUUUAUUUCGCCUUUGUGCUGCAGAGGACAUUGUAAUAUUAGUUUCAUUCAAUCAUUAGUUUUACCUUGAUCUUGAUCGGUAGGGUAAUUGUAAAGCUUUUACAUAAUGUUUGACACACUAAAAUAACUGACAACACGUUGGCGUAUUGGUUUGUCAAGCGCCUUGUUUUCUUUAAUUUAUUUGAAAUAUUUAUUCAAUUUGCUCUUGUUUAAAACAGUUUCGGCUUAAAAUGGUGGUUUGUUCAUUGCAAACGAAUUUUGUACGUAAGACCAUAGCAUCCAAUCAUUUGGUAUGUAUGGUGUGAAAUUUCAAAUAAAUUAAUGAUAUUAUCUAUUUAUUAAUUUAUACUAGGCAUUAAUGUAUACCCUUACAAAUGAUUUUUAAUAUCAAUGAAAUUUUUGCUUUAAUUUUUCUUGCCAUUUCUUGUUUUUUUUUUGUAUAACAUUUAAUUACUCAAGACUAUACAACCCUGUUUUGUUUCCCGUAGCUUAAUAAUAUUCUGAAAGAGGAAAAUGUGCAAAUCCCGUUGAAAGUGGUACAACUUAUCGUAUCAUCAGUGUAUGAGGGGAAAAGGUUAUACAUCGUCUGAACGAUAACAUUAUUAUACAUAAUACGAUUUGCAAAUCCAAACGUUGGAGGCAAACUAAAACCUGCGUGUGCGUGUGUGAUUUUGAUAGCUGAUGAAAUAUUAACAAAAUACUGUUCAAAUGUGUUUUAUAUAAAGACUCUAGUCUACUGGAAGUGCUACGAGGCAAGGUUGCGAGGAUGAUUAUAUACUAUUUAUAAGAAAAAGUUUAUACUAAGAUUUUUAUUGAUCUGCAUACACAUUUUCCCAAGCAAACGUACCGAAACGGUGUGAUAUGCAAGUCCAUAUAGCAUGAGAUAAAUUAUAGGCGCAGAUCGAAAACCCUACAGCACUUAUCCGACUUGAGCCAGGCUUGUACUGGACCAUGUAAGGAGCAGGAUUGACGAACCGUAACUUGACUGAAAGUUUUUAAGCAUAAAUGAGAAGAAAAGGACCAUAAAGUAACUAUUGUUUAACGUACAUAGCUAUGAAUACUGAAAGGGAUAGGAUCGGCAUCUUUAACACAAACAAAAAAAAACAAUCUCGCAUCGAAAGCAUCUAAUUGCGCCAUUUUAGUUAAUGUAUCUACUGUAGUGCAUGUAUCGGUUAUAGUAUCACGAUUACAACCAGCUAGGUAAUCGCGUGCGAGAAACGAAGGAUGUAUACCAAAUAAGAUUUGUUCGACUACAGGCAACAUCGAAAGGGGGAAUUGAAACCAAAGUUUUCUUACAUGAAUUAAAUUAUCUUUCUUACCUUCUACUAGCGUAUAAGA